GCUUCGCUUUAUUUGUUCACAUAUUUCAAGAAGAGUUCAUUUCAGAUUAGUAUUAUUUUUAAUAAUGGACUUGGCUGAAACCAGCGACAAGUCAGUUCUCUGUUCUAACUGCGAGGAAUCCAAUUCCAUCGAAAAUCUUUACAAAUGCGCUCCGUGCAACAAAAUGGAUGGCAAUGAAAAACCAGUUGAUACGGGAUCCGUCGAAUACUUGUGCGACAUUUGCAUUGCUUCUCACGUGAAAAAAGGUCAUUCUGUGCUUGAUCACAGAAAUCUGCAACCCACCAUAUGCACUGAACAUAAAAUGAUCUGUCUUGAAUACUGCAUCACUUGUGAUGAACUAUUUUGUGGAAAGUGUUUAACGAAACACCGUUUUCAUACUUCCAAGUCGAUGGCCGAGAUGGCCAGCGAGGUUCGAUCGAAGAUUUUCAAUUUGUUAACUGUAUGGGAGAGCAACGAAAAGACUGCUCUGGAAAAACAUGAGUCAGUUUCUGCUUUCGUGAAUCAACAUGAAUCUGAAGUUGAAACUCUAGUUAAACAAGUUGAAGACAGAAUUGACAAACUAAAAGAAAAAGUGAUUGCAGAAAUAAGAGCGAAGCUUGCAGAGUUUAAGAAAUCGGAGAGUCGGUUCGAAGAUCACAUACAGAAAGUUGGUCAAACUCAAAAGGAAUUGCGAGGGCUGCUUAGUAUGUCUGAUGGAUCGAUGAUUGAAUCUUUCCGUACUCUCGAAACAAGUCUUGAUUCCUUGGGCGGCGAUCAUCGUGCUAUUGAAGUUUAUGAGAUGAAUACUAAUGCAUUUGGCACUACUGAAGGAUUCGAUGCUUUAAAUGAGAAACUCGUUCGUCAAGUGGUGAGGAACUUGAAGCUACCUGGCGUAGAAAGGGAACAUCAAAUCGUGCCGCCAUUUGGGAACUUUAAAGAUGCAUUUAAAUUUGGACUAGAGUCCACUGGCCAAUCAUCCAGCUUUAAAUUUGGAGUCAGCACCGCGGCUCCAAAUACUGAACAAAAGCCAACGGUCAGUGACCGAGCCAAUUACGACGAAAACAUUUUUCAGUCAAAGGACGUAUAUGUUCAUAAUGCGACAACAAAAAGAUCUACAGAGCAAACCACCGCUUCGACUUUCGCAUCGAUCAAGAAAUCAAAAGACCCUUUUCGUGAAACCGGUUUCGAGUCGGGGCUUUUCGUGAAACAGGCUUCGCCUCAAACAGCAGCUGGAAAUCUAUGCGGGAAAGGAGAAGCUAAAAUGCAACGUGUGGGGUCGUUAUUUGCCCGACCGAAGAGUGACGAUAUGCAGACUGCGAAUGAUUCAUUUGCUCUCAAGUUUGGACUUCAGCCAGGACAGUGGAGCUGUGGCGUUUGCUUCAUCCGUAAUAACGCAGAUGCUGUCAAAUGUGCCGCUUGCCAGACUCACAAAGACGGAAAGGCAGUCCCGGGAAGAGGGGGCACCGAAACUCUCCCGGACCUACGUGGGGCUUCGGAGGGAACCUUGUUUACAGUCGGUAUUGCAGAAAGUAGCCUUUCAGGCACUUUUCGCGACGCUGCUACAAAUGCCGGUACUAGCAAACAACCAGAUCAAACAGCCACAACAUCCAAGUCCUCAAUAUCGAAUAGAAGUAGAAGAACGGCUACCCCCAAACCCGGAGACGGAUCUUGUCGCUUAUACCCCCGUAAAUGGUGAAAAACAAAAAUGAAAGUUCUAACAACAAUAUUGGAUCGACAUUGCUGAGCAAGGCAAAAUAGUUAUAUAGGACUGGUAAAAACAAAGCUAAUUAGGCUUCUAAUUGGCUCGUUGUUCAAUUUUCUCUCCUCAGAAUUUGAUUAUGUUCCCAAAUUG